UCGUUCAAGAAUCCACAGGCAUAGUUCUCUUAUCCUUCUAUUUAUCACUUUCUAACAAACAUAUCCAUUCUCUUCUCUGCUUCUUCAAUCUCUGCUACCACAGUCUUCUUCACUUCAAUACAUUUUCUGGGCUUUAUUUUAACCCCAUUUUCAAGAUUACAACUCAUGGAUGGCAGCUUUAUUGACUGAUUAGUCUUUGUGAAUAUAGUGUUUGAAUGAAUGGUGUGUAAAUUAGUGUCUAUUUUAUGAGACCCCAUAUGCUUGUAUAUGAAUUUAGUGCAGAAAUAAGAUGUCUUACUUAUUGCCACAAUUCUUGAGCUUGCCGGAUGCUUUUGUCAUUUGCGCCAAAACCCAACAGCAGACCACCAUCCAGCUUUCAAAAGGUAGAGACCAUAUUCAUUUGAGGACACAAUGCAUCCUAUCCACUACAUCUCCAGUAACAUCAACAGCAACAUCUACUGUGCUUGACAUUGAGAAGCUACAGUUACCAUCUAUUGAAAUCCUCUCAAAUUCAGUCGCAUCAGAGAGAUCAUGGCAGUCACCAUCAGCUGCCACAACCGCAGUACCUGAUAUACAAAAGCUAAAGUUGCUGUCGUUGGAGGCCAAAACAAAUUCAGUUGCCCCAGAUAGGCCAUGGACAUACACUGGGGCAUUUGGUCCACCUACAGAGGUGAACACUAAACCUGAAAAUUCUCUUGCUAGUGAGGAAGCCAUUGUAGCUGCUGCAGCCGCUGAAGCAGUUGCUUUGGCAAAGGCUGCGUUGAAAGGCGCACAAGAUGCUGUAAUGUUGGUCAGCCAUAACAAGUUAAAGGACUCCGAUAAUGUUGGCAGAGGUACUCUAUCAGAAGCUAGGACUGCUCCAUAUGAGAGCGUUCAUCUGACUCAAUCUGGUGAGACAAGGAGAGUUGGUGUUUGUGCGGAAUUAAAGGGAAGUGAGAUGAAGUGGAGUGGAAGUAGUUUAUUCCGGGACUCCCUUACAGAUUCUGAUGACGUGGAGCCAUCACCUGAAGAACUCGAAAUUCUUCAGUCGCAGCUGUCAAAUGUCAUAGCUGUAAAAUCGAAUCGUCAAACUGAGCGGAAGGCCAGAAGAGCUAAAGCAGUAGAGAGGGCUGCAGCCAAUGUUGUGUCUGUGAAGUCUGGUUCUACUAGUCGAAGGAAGCGUGCUUCAGUACAAGAUGUCGAUUACUCGGAUCCAUUGCGUUACUUGAGAGGAACUACAUGUAGUUCUAGGCUACUGACUGCAUCUGAAGAACAGGAGUUAUCGAGAGGAAUACAGGACCUGUUGAAGUUGGAAAGACUUCAGGUGGAGCUUGCAGAGCGUUGCGGAGGUCAGCCCACUUUUUCCCAAUGGGCUGCUGCUGCCGGAGUUGACCAGAAGACCCUAAGGAAGCGUUUGAACUAUGGCAUUCUUUGUAAAGAUAAAAUGAUUAAGAGCAACGUGAGGCUCGUUAUUUCUAUUGCCAAAAAUUAUCAAGGAGUAGGGAUGAAUCUUCAAGAUUUGGUUCAGGAAGGAUGUCGGGGCCUUGUAAGAGGAGCUGAAAAAUUUGAUGCUUCCAAAGGUUUUAAGUUCUCAACUUAUGCUCACUGGUGGAUUAAGCAGGCUGUUAGGAAAUCUCUCUCUGAUCAGUCCAGGACGAUUCGGUUGCCAUUUCACAUGGUCGAGGCUACUUAUAGAGUUAAGGAAGCGAGAAAGCAAUUGUUUACUGAAAAUGGUAGACAUCCUGACGAUGCGGAGGUAGCUGAAGCAACAGGGUUGUCAAUGAAGAGGCUUACUGCUGUGAUGUUAACUCCUAAACCUCCAAGAUCACUUGACCAGAAAAUCGGGUUCAAUGAAAGUCUCAAACCUUCGGAAGUGCUUGCAGACCCUGAUGCAGAAACAUCAGAAGAAAUAUUGACCAAGCAGUUCAUGAGACAGGACCUGGAGAAGGUAUUAGACACUUUAAAUCCGAGGGAGAAGCAGGUCGUUAAAUGGCGGUUUGGACUAGCGGAUGGCAGGAUGAAGACUUUACAAGAGAUUGGUGAGUUAAUGGGUGUUAGCCGGGAGAGAAUUCGCCAAAUAGAGUCUUGUGCAUUCCGUAAGUUGAAGAACAAGAAAAGAACAAAGUUUUUGCAGCAAUAUAUAAAUGCUUAAAGUCUCUAUUAUAUAUAUCAAGAAAGUAGAUUUGACCUUCUAGUCAUUGAGUCUUUGUUGUUAGAAAAAAAUUGAGGCUUAGAUGAGCUUUGUUUCUUUAACUGUUCUUAUUCUUCAGAACUCUGCAAAUAUUUGUGCAUAAUACAAAAUUUUGGCUCAAAUAAUCAGAUAUUGUAAGUUA